UCCACGUUAAGGUUUUGACUGGUUCCCCAUUGCCCAGGAGAACUAGCUAGCUAGCACAACCACCAGCCGGAGAGUGACAGCAAUGAAUUCCUUGGAACAAGCCGAAGACCUAAAAGCUUUUGAGAGAAGAUUGACAGAAUACGUCUCCUGUUUGCAACCUGCAACAGGGAGGUGGCGAAUGAUUCUAAUAGUGGUCUCUGUUUGUACGGCGACUGGAGCCUGGAACUGGUUGAUAGACCCUGACACACAGAAGGUUUCUUUCUUCUCAUCAUUGUGGAACCAUCCAUUCUUCACCAUCAGCUGCAUCACUUUGAUCGCUCUGUUCUUUGCUGGAAUACACAAACGAGUCGUUGCACCAUCAAUUAUUGCAGCUCGCUGUCGGACGGUUUUAGCAGAAUACAACAUGUCCUGCGAUGAUACAGGGAAAUUAAUUCUCAAACCACGGCCACACAUCCAAUGACCACUAACUCUGGGGGGGG